CUCAUCCCUUCCCCUCACUCUCUCCCACGUCUCUCUCUUGCUCUCUUCCUUUCACCUGGUUUCACCACCUCAAAAACCACCACCCCCUUUCAGAAACAAAGAGUGAAAGCUAGAAAGAAAAGCAUAUCAAGGAGAGGAAGAGGAAGAAGAAGGAGGCAAAGGGGGUGCUGCCAAUUUCCGUCCAGCAGCGAGACAGCCUGUGAGAAGGACGAUUCCGGACAAUCAAACCGUUGGAUCGUCCUGAGAUUUGUAGGUUGGGUUUCAUACUUCUUUGGCUACGAUUUAACCGUUGGGAUCAUCGAUAUGAUCUCUGGUUCAUUGAGGAAAGUCGCUGGACAGAAGGGGUGCGAUACUGUUUUUCUGUAGCAGGACAGCAGAUUAGAGGUAAGGAUCAAGCCGGGGGCUCAUCCAAAGGCAAGGGCAUAGCCGAGUGAAGACAAAACUGUGAGUAGAUUCUAAUCUUAGAUCUACUUCAACAUAAUCACAGUAUCCGGGUCAUGAAGUGGCCCGAAUACAUAUCGGGGUCAUGAAGAGGCUCCGGUAUAAUAUGGGAAUUUAUGGG